AUGGUACCAUUUCUUAGGAAGUUCUUUCCAUCAAUUCUACGAAAUGCAUCCGAUGCGGAAGUAAAUAUGUAUUGUGUGUAUGACAGUGAAUUGUUAACAUUAUUCACGUCUUCUCUCUAUCUUGCUGGUUUGGUGUCAUCUCUGGCAGCUAGUCGAGUAACAACAAAGUUUGGCCGAAGAAACACCAUCAUCUUGGGUGGGGCCAUCUUUCUUGCUGGUGCUGCACUUAAUGGAGCCGCACAAAAUAUUCUUAAGCUCAUACUUGGUCGUAUCCUUCUUGGCCUCGGACUUGGCUUUACUAAUCAGGCUGCGCCACUAUACCUUUCCGAAAUCGCACCACCCAAAUGGCGAGGUGCCUUCAACACAGGCUUUGAAUUUUUCCUUGGAAUUGGAGUGCUUGCCGCCGGCUGCAUAAACUACGCCACGGCAAAGUACACCUGGGGGUGGCGGCUCUCUCUCGGCCUCGCCGUGGUGCCUGCUGCAGUUAUUACAGUUGGUGGCUUUCUCAUAACUGACACCCCGAGCAGCUUGGUUGAACUUGGAAAGAUAGACCAAGCCAGAAAAGCCUUGCGCAAAGUAAGAGGUUCCCACGUUGAUGUUGAACCGGAGUUGGAGGAGCUUAUCAACUGGUCACGGAAUGUGAAUUCUGUGGAGCAGGAGCCCUUUAUGACUGUAUUUGAGAGGAAGUAUCGACCUCACUUGGUCAUGGCUGUUGCUAUCCCACUUUUUCAGCAGCUUACGGGCAUCCACAUCGUCGCAUUCUACUCACCUAACCUUUUUCAGUCCGUGGGAUUGGGACACAGUGCAGCUUUACUUUCUAGCAUAGUCUUUGGACUUGUCAACCUUGUUUCCAUCAUCGUCUCAACUUUUUUUGUUGAUCAGUUUGGUAGAAGAUUCUUAUUCAUUACUGGUGGAAUUGUCAUGCUUGUCUGUCAGAUUUCGGUGUCUGCUUUGCUAGCUGUGGUGACGGGUGUUCAUGGUACAAAUGACAUAUCAAAGGGUAAAGCCAUGAUGGUAUUGGUGCUAUUCUGCAUUUAUACUGCAGGUUUUGGUUUGUCAUGGGGUCCUCUCACCUGGCUAAUUCCAAGUGAAAUUUUCCCCUUAAAAAUCAGAAGCACUGGGCAAAGCAUAGCAGUGGGGGUGCAGUUCAUAGCACUAUUUGCUUUAUCACAGACAUUUUUGACAAUGCUGUGUCACUUCAAGUUCGGCGCCUUCUUGUUCUAUGCCGUUUGGAUUGGUUUGAUGACCCUUUUCAUUAUAUUUUUCUUGCCUGAGACCAAAGGAAUUUCUCUGGAGUCAAUGUACAUCAUAUGGGGCAAACACUGGUUUUGGAAAAGGUUUGUUACAGGAGUAGCUGACCAACCAUAAAAAUUGUUAGCAGUGGAACUCCUUUCUGUAGCUUCUGUUUCUUAGUUGAUAAUUCUGUAGGUUCUGCUUACAACU